AUGGAUAGUGGAGCUACUAAACGUGAAAUAUUGGGGAAAAAAUUGGAGAAAAGGCUGCAGGAUCCAAAAACAGAACCAUUAAUAUCUUUGCCUCUAGAUUUUUUGGAGGGCAUCACAUGCGGUUUUUCCACUGAACGAGAACUUGGCAGGGGUUUGAGUGGAGUCGUGUACAAGGGGAUUCUCCGGAGCGGCAAAGCUAUUGCUGUAAAGAAGAUUUUUUAUGCUCAUCUGCAGGGCAAUGAUAAUCAAGUGGAGAAUGAGAUCAUUUAUCUUACGGAGGUCAGGCACCAAAAUGUCGUACAACUAGUAGGUUACUGUGUCCAAACCAAGUCGGAAGUGAUGGAACAUAGUGGGAAACAUGUUAUGGUUGAAAAACGUGCAUGUUUGCUCUGCUUUGAAUUUCUUUGUAAUGGAAGCCUUGACAAGCAUCUUUCUGAAAUGCGUAUCCAACAAGUGCAACAAUGCAUCUCUAUAGCCCUGAAGUGCCUAGAACCUGAGUCGAAUAAAAGGCCUACUUCAUUGGACAUAGUUCAAAGUCUAAAUGCAGUAGAACCAAAAUGUACGUCUCCUGGAAAUUCCCCCAGUGUCGUUGAGAAGUCGGGAGCCCCCGAGUACCGAUUGGCGCCCUCCGUCUUGGGAUUCCAGUUGGCUGGAGCGCCCCUAAGUCGCGAGUGCCGUAAGGAUAGGAGAAACUGGAAUCUUCAGAGUCAAGUAAAUGUGAACAUAAUCAACAUACCAAAGACCACCAGUGCCAUUAACGGCCUGAAUGAGUGCGCCAAUUUGUUCCAGUGGGUUACAUCGGCCAUUUCAUCUCCAAAACCUCAGCUGAAUGAAACACAAAAGGAGAGACUUCAACGAGAUAUAUGUCAAUUGCAUAGUGACCUUCAAUGCCUAACUGAUACUCUACCAGCAAUUGACAACCUCAUUGAUCGAGCAGAGUGGAGGAUCCAUCAUGAUUCUGUGGCUGACCUCCUUUCAAGACUCAAAGAUGCAGUGUAUGAUGCAGAAGACCUUCUCGAUGAGUUUAGAUGGUAUGAGAAAAAGGUUUCUGUAGAGAGCAAUGCUAUCGCAGUGGAACCAGUUAUUAAAUUCUUUCAAAGUGUCACUCAAGGUAACUUCAACAAGGUGACUGGUAUCCAGAAGAGGCUCGAUAAUCUCUCCAAACAGCUUGAGAAACAGGGCUUACUUCCAGCAAUUCCAAAGUUUGACAAAUCAUCUAGGCCCGAGACCUCCUUUUUCUCCACUGAAGCAAAGAUGAUUGGUCGUGAUGAGGAAAAGAAGAAGCUGAUCAUGUUACUUGGUGUACCAACAAAUAAAAGCUCAGGUCGUUCCGGAUGCAAGAGAAAAAGAAGAGUCAGUUCAUCAACAAGCAACCAAGUUUGUGCUACUAUUGAUAGUAACGAAGCAACAAUAGUGAGUGUUCGAGUUUUGCCAAUUGUUGGAAUUGGGGGUGCUGGAAAAACCACCUUGGCUCAAGAUAUUUGCAACCAUUCAAAAGUGAAAGGUCACUUUGACCUGAUAAUUUGGAUUUGUGUAUCGGAUUAUUUUGAUGUCAAGAGGUUAACUAAAGAAGCCAUAGAACAAACUUCUGGGGAAGUGCUAGAAAAUGGUAACUUGAAUUCUCUCCAGCUUGCUCUUGCAAAUAGCGUGAACAAGAAAAGAUUCUUGAUUGUCCUUGAUGACAUGUGGGAUGAAAAUGAGGAGCAUUGGAAGCACUUCUGUGCACCUUUUAAAAAUGCACUUCAGGGAAGCAUGAUGCUUGUCACCACUAGGUCUCCGAAGGUUGCUGAUGUAGUGCGUACAAUGGAUUCCUUUCCCUUAGAGGGUUUGAAAGAUGAUGUCUUUCGGAAGUUCUUUAAGUCCUGUGUGUUUGGGCCUAAUAGCUCCAACAUUGAUCCUAAGUUGGAACGGAUUGGUGAGAAAAUACUCCCAAAGUUGAGAGGCUCUCCUUUAGCUGCAAAAACUCUAGGACGGCUGUUAGGAAUGAGCCUUGAGCUAGCACAUUGGGAUAGGAUUCUCAAGAGUCAGCUGUGGGAGCUUCAACAAAAGGAGACUGACAUUUUGCCGGCUCUUCGGUUGAGCUACAUGUAUUUACCAUUGUAUUUAAAGAGAUGCUUCUCAUUCUGUGCUGUGUACCCGAAAGAUUACAUAUUCAAAAAGGAGGAUUUAGUGGAGAUUUGGGUGGCAGAAGGCUUAGUGGAACAUCACACUGGUGGUCAGUACUUUGAAGAACUUGCACAUCUGUCAUUUUUUCAGAAAUAUCCACGGUCCCACAAGAAAUAUGUAAUACAUGAUUUGAUGCAUGACAUGGCACAACUGGUUUCAAAGGACGAGUGCUUUAUACUGCGCACCCUAUUUUGCCACCUGUCUUUAAAGAGUGAAGCUGAUAAUACUGUGAUGGAGAAAUGGUGUAAUGAACUUUUGUGCAUGCGUGUCAUGGUCUGUUCUAUCUCUAAGUGGGGCUUACCAGGUAAUAUUAGCAACAUGAAGCUACUUCGGUACCUUCAACUUCAAAUCCUCGACUCUAGCCUUUGCAAGAGCCUUCCUUCAGCAUUCUGUUGCCUCUAUAAUAUGCAAAUAUUUAAUGCUACGAAAUGGAGCAUUGAUGACAUUCCUAGCGGCUUUGGUAUGCUGAUCAAUCUGCAGAAAUUUGAAUCAGUGAAAUGUCAAUUUCAUCAUAUACAUCCAGUUGGUACUCUUAAAGGUGCAACUGACCAAGGACAGAAGAGUCAAUUUGAGCUCAAAAACUAUAAUGGUGAUUCUCUCCCAAACUCAGAGCAGGUUCACAGUUACGACAGCACUAAUAGCACUCUCUUGUCCGUGACUGAUGUAGUCAUUCACAGUUGCCAAAACUUAUCAAGCCUCGAACAAUUUCUACAGCCAGGUUAUGUACCUACCAUAAAAAAAAUAGAAAUUUCAGAUUGUGGAAGUUUAGAAUCAGUACCAGCUGAUAGGUUUGGAGAUUUGCAUUUCCUUGAAGUACUGAGUGUGUCCAAGUGUCCAAAUAUAAAAUCACGACGCCUGUUUGCUCCAUCCCUAAAGAAGCUGUAUCUGGAAGAUUCUGGGGAUCUUGGACACAAGAUUGAGUGUAGUUCUCUCACCAUCUUGCAUUUAUUAAAUUGCCCUCUUGAAUCCAUUGAACUGCAAAUGCGCAAUCUCCCGUUACUGCAGGAGCUCGAGAUCAGUUCUUGUCCCUCUCUGACAGUUAUUAUAGAUUCAGAACCUAUAUCCUGUGACAUUUUACAGGGCGAGGCCAGAAGCAGAGCCAUUGAUCACACUUUCGUGUCCCUGACUGAUGUAGAAAUUACAAAUUGCAGCAACUUAUCAAGCCAGGAACAAUUUCUACAACCAGUUUAUAUGCCUAUCAUCAUGGAAAUAAAAAAUUCCAAUUGCCGAAACUUAGAAUCGGUACCAACAGAUAGGUUUGGAGAUUUUCGUUUCCUUGAAGUACUGAGUGUGUCCCAUUGUCCAAAGAUCAAAUCACGACACCUGUUUGCUCCAUCCCUAAAGAAGCUGUAUCUCGAAGACUCUGGGGAUCUCGGAUACAAGAUUGAGUGUAGUUCUCUCACCAUCAUGCAUUUAUCAAAUUGCCCUCUUGAAUCCAUUGAACUGCAAAUGUGCAAUCUCCGGUUACUGCAGGAGCUCAAGAUCAGAUCUUGUCCCUCUCUGACAGUUAUUAGAGAUUCAGAACCUAUAUCCUCUGACAUUUUACAUGGUGAGGCCAGAAGCAGAGCCAUUGAUAACACUGUCUUGUCCCUAACUGAUGUUGAAAUUACAGAUUGCAGAAACUUAUCAAGCCAGGAACAAUUUCUACAGCCAGGUUAUGUGCCUAUCAUCAAGAAAAUAGAAAUUUCAAAUUGCAGAAGCUUAGCAUCGGUACCAACUGAAAGAUUUGUAUACUUUCGUUUAAUUGAAGUACUGAGUGUGUCCCAUUGUCCAAAGAUCAAAUCAGAACACCUGUUUGCUCCAUCCCUAAAGAAGCUGUAUCUGGAAAACUUCGGGCAUCUCGGAUACAAGAUUCAGUGUAGUUCUCUCACCAUCUUGCAUUUAUCAAAUUGCCCCCUUGAAUCCAUCGAACUGCAAAUGUGGAAUCUUCCAUUACUACAGGAGCUCGAGAUCAGUUCUUGCCCCUCUCUGACAAUCAUUAGAGGUUCAGAACAUAUAUCCUCUGGCAUUUUCCAUGGUGAGGACAGAAAUAGAACCACUGAUAGCACUUUCAAGUCCCUGACUGAUGUAGUCAUUCACAGUUGCCAAAACUUAUCAAGCCUCGAACAAUUUCUACAGCCAGCUUAUGUGCCUAUCAUCAAGAAAAUAGAAAUUUACUAUUGCAGAAGUUUACAAUCUGUACCAACAGAUUUGUUUGGAGAUUUGUGUUUCCUUGAAGUACUGCGUGUAUCCCAUUGUCCACUGAUCAAAUCAGAGCAUCUGUUUGCCCCAUCCCUAAAGGAGCUGUAUCUGGUGAACUCUGGGAAUCUCGGAGGCAACAUUGAGUGUAGUUCUCUCACCAUCUUGCAGUUAUCAGACUGCCUCCUAGAAGCCAUCGAACUGCAAGUGAGGAAUCUUCCAUUACUACAGAAUCUUGAGAUCAUUCGUUGUUCUUCUUUGACAAUUAUUAGAGAUUCAGAACCCAUAUCCACUGACCUUUUCCACGGUGGGGCCCAAAGGAGAAUGGGAAAAUUUCCCUUACUUGCCCACCUAACCAUUGUCUCCUGCGAGAAGCUUAAAACUAUAGAUGACCUCCUAUAUCUCCCUGCCGUUGAGAGAAUUUCGAUUAUGGAUUGUGGCUUGCUGUCCCUGCUAGCUCAUAGAUUGGGAAGUUUUCCUCGUCUGAAAGAUUUGAAGAUUUCAGCCUGUCAAGGCCUCAACUGGCAGAGUGGAAUGCUGUUAGCACGGUCUCUCCAACAGCUCACGUUAUGGAAUUGUGGGGAUUUCUCUGCCUGGCUUCCAAGUUGCCUGGAGAACCUCACCUUCCUCGAGUCACUGGAGAUUCGUGGCUGUGAAUGUAUAGUGUCUGUUCCUGGCCACCUGUGGAGCAGUAAUCUCAGAUCACUUCAAAGAUUGAUGUUUUAUAGUUGUUCAAAGCUUAAAUCUAUUGGUGGACCAGGCGCAAUUACACACAUAAGAGAUUUAUGUAUUGAUGACUGUCCAGAGUUGAAGGAAAUUGACCAGCCACUGAGGAGAGGCUCAUUUUUGUAG